AGAGAGAGAGAGAGAGAGAGAGAGGAUGGCACUGGCAAAGAGACUCCAAAUGGUUCAUGGAGGAGGGUCAUGUUUGAUCAGAUGGAGAUUUCAUACCCUCAUCUUUGUUCUUGGUGCAGUGUUAGUCACUUUGGCAGCUUAUCACAGCACAGACAGCAAAGAAAUAUUAUUGGAUUAUUAUCAGAAUCAGAAUCAGACAAAGGAUUAUAAGAGCCACGAUCACGUUAAUGUUGUUGAUCAUUCGUUGUUGUCAAGAUGUGAUUUGUUUUCAGGCAAAUGGGUAUAUGAUCAUAACAAGUCUUAUCCUCUGUACAAAGAUAGAGAGUGCAAGUUCAUGUUUGAUGAUUUGGCUUGUGAGAAGUUUGGAAGGAAGGACUUGAACUAUCAGCAUUGGAGGUGGCAGCCCCAUGGUUGUGAUCUCCCAAGGUUUAAUGCCAAAGCAUUGUUGGAGAGGCUAAGGGGCAAAAGGCUUGUAUUCGUGGGAGAUUCAGUGAAUAGAAACCAAUGGGUUUCAAUGGUCUGCCUGCUUGACUCAUCAAUCCCUAAACCACUCAAAUACAUGCACUUGAAUGGUCCUUUGUACACCUUCAAAGCCACUGAAUACAAUGCCUCAAUUGACUUCUAUUGGUCGCCAUUACUAGUGGAAUCGAACUCUGACAAUCCAUCAAACCAUAGUUUAUCAGAUCGAAUCGUUAGAAUUAAAGCCAUUGAAAAGCAUGCUAGGCAAUGGGGUGAUGCCGAUGUGCUUGUUUUUAAUUCCUAUCUUUGGUGGAGAAUCCCAAAAUUGAAGGUCUUGCGUGGUUCAUUUGAAAGCCCUAAUCAAGUUUACCAAGAAGUAAAUGCGUUGCAAUGUUAUAAGAUGGCUCUAAAGACAUGGUCAAAUUGGUUAGAUACCCAUGUUAAUCGUACCAAGACCCAGUUGUUUUUUGUUAGCAUGACAGCCACUCACAGCCGGGCUGAAGAAUGGGGCAUGCCUAAAGAUCAAAAUUGCUUAAACGAAACACGACCAAUUGAAAAAGAGGGAUUUUGGGGGAGUGGAUCAGAACCCAGAAUGAUGCGAAUAAUAGAGGGCGCAAUUAGCAAAUUAAAAAGUAAAGGUCUGAAGAUACAAAUGCUCAACAUAACACAAUUAUCGGAGUACAGGAAAGAUGGUCAUCCAUCUAUAUACAGGAAGCAAUGGCGCCCUUUAACUAAAGAGCAAUUAUCAAACCCUAGAAACUAUGCAGAUUGUACACAUUGGUGUCUUCCUGGAGUGCCAGAUGUCUGGAACGAGCUUCUCCAUGCAUAUAUUCUUCACUAUUAACAAAUUUUU